AUGACCACUUCCCUGCAAGGUGGGCAGAGCGCCGCGGGUCGGGCGGCUGCCCGGGACUCGCCGCUGGCCGCCCAGGUGUGCGGCGCUGCCCAGGGGAGGGGCGACGCCCGCGACCUGGCGCCGGGCCCCUGGCUGCACGCGCGGGCGCUCCUGCCCCCUCCGGACGCGACCCGCGGCUGUGCGGCAGACAGGAGAAAAAAGAAAGAUCUUGAUGUUCUGGAAAUGCCAUCUAUUCCAAACCCUUUUCCUGAGCUAUGCUGCUCUCCAUUUACAUCUGUGUUGUCAGCAGGCCUGUUUCCCAAAGCAAAUUCAAGGAAAAAACAGGUGAUUAAAGUAUACAGUGAAGAUGAAACCAGCAGAGCUUUAGAGGUACCCAGUGACAUAACUGCCCGAGAUGUUUGCCAGCUGUUGAUCCUGAAGAAUCAUUACAUUGAUGACCACAGCUGGACCCUUUUUGAGCACCUGCCCCAUGUAGGUCUAGAAAGAACAAUAGAAGACCACGAGCUGGUGAUUGAAGUGCUAUCUAACUGGGGAAUGGAAGAAGAAAAUAAGCUAUACUUUAGAAAAAAUUAUGCCAAAUAUGAAUUCUUUAAAAACCCAAUGUAUUUUUUUCCAGAGCAUAUGGUGUCUUUUGCAACUGAAACCAAUGGUGAAAUAUCCCCCACACAGAUUUUGCAGAUGUUUCUAAGUUCAAGCACAUAUCCUGAAAUCCAUGGCUUCUUACAUGCAAAAGAACAGGGAAAGAAGUCCUGGAAAAAGAUUUAUUUCCUUUUAAGAAGAUCCGGUUUAUAUUUUUCUACUAAAGGGACAUCAAAGGAACCACGGCAUUUGCAGUUUUUCAGCGAAUUUGGCAAUAGUGAUAUUUAUGUGUCACUGGCAGGCAAAAAAAAACAUGGAGCACCGACUAACUAUGGAUUCUGCUUUAAGCCUAACAAAGCGGGAGGGCCCCGAGACCUGAAAAUGCUCUGUGCAGAAGAAGAGCAGAAUAGGACGUGCUGGGUGACCGCGAUUAGAUUGCUUAAGAUAAUCCAGCUCUGUGCCUUCAAGAGCUUUGGGGAGGCAUAUGAGUGCUCUGCCAUGGUCUUUGAGGUUCUUUCUAGCCGCUGGCAAUCCCUUUGCAAGUAUGGCAUGCAGCUGUACCAGAAUUACAUGCAUCCAUAUCAAGGCAGAAGUGGCUACAGUUCUCAGAGUAUAUCUCCCAUGAGAAGUAUAUCAGAGAAUUCCCUGGUAGCAAUGGACUUCUCAGGCCAGAAAACAAGAGUUAUAGAAAAUCCCACUGAAGCCCUUUCUGUCGCAGUUGAAGAAGGACUAGCUUGGAGGAAAAAAGGAUGUUUGCGCCUGGGCAGUCACGGUAGCCCCACUGCAUCCUCACAGAGCUCUGCCACAAGCAUGGCUAUCCACCGGUCCCAACCAUGGUUUCACCACAAAAUUUCUAGAGAGGAAGCUCAGCGAUUGAUUAUUCAGCAAGGUCUAGUGGAUGGAGUUUUCUUGGUACGGGAUAGUCAGAGUAACCCCAAAACUUUUGUACUGUCAAUGAGUCAUGGACAAAAAAUAAAGCACUUUCAAAUUAUACCAGUGGAAGAUGAUGGUGAGAUGUUCCACACCCUAGAUGAUGGACAUACAAGAUUUACGGAUCUAAUCCAGUUGGUGGAGUUCUAUCAACUCAAUAAGGGCGUUCUUCCUUGCAAGCUGAAACAUUAUUGUGCUAGGAUUGCACUUUAG